AGGAGAUUCAAUCUCCGCAAUGGCGUCUGGUACCCCACCUAGAGUUUUCCACUUCAAGCUGGUGCUUCUUGGAGAUGCCUCAGUUGGAAAGUCUUGUCUGGUUGUCAGAUUUGCCAAAGGAGAGUUCUAUGAGUACCAGGAGCCCACGAUCGGUGCAGCUUUCAUGACCCAGACUGUUAGUCUCAGCACAGAGGUCGUCAAGUAUGAGAUAUGGGAUACAGCUGGGCAGGAGCGAUACAAAAGCCUUGCUCCAAUGUACUACAGGGGCGCUGCAGCCGCUGUGAUUGUAUUUGACAUCACAUCUCGGGAGUCAUUUGAUGCAGCAAAAUCUUGGGUGGCGGAGUUGCAAAACACGGACACCCUGAUUGCACUUGCGGGGAACAAGUCAGACUUGGAGGCAAGCAGAGCAGUGGACAAAGAAAUGGCCAAGAACUAUGCCGACCAGAUGGGAAUCCUCUACAUGGAGACCUCUGCGAAGAGCGGGCAGAAUGUGAACGAACUUUUCCACGAGAUUGCAGUUCGCUUGCCCAAGCAAUCGCAGGAGGAUGAUAAUUCAAGAGGCUUUGCAGUUGGCAGCCAGGGUGGAGCAGCCGGCUCAACUGGCUGUGCUGCUUGUUAGGGCUACGCGCAUUUCCUCAAAGAAGAUUUUCAUGACCACUUUCACGAAAAAUACAGCCAGAGAAGAGAACAGAGAUUCAUCUUGGUUAUCCUUUGCUAGCAUUCGAC